AUGCAUCGCUUUCUUAACGGAAUACGGGAGUACUGGGAACGGGAACAAAGCAGCGGAAAAAGCCCCAGCGGAAGCGCAGCCCCAGCGAAUUACGAACAGUCGACUUUGUCGCCAGCUCUGCACUCCGUAAUCAGGACCGGGUUAUAUCCGCGUCGGGAUAUUGACGGAUCCGCAGAACCCGGCCAAUUCCUGGUUGCACAUGAGCGAUGUCUGUGUCUCUUCCCCUGUGCUAGCUGGAAGAGCCCUGGUCCCAAAAUCUUGCCUCAGGAAAAUGUGUCAACCUUGGAAACACAUUUCAAGACAGCAAAAUGUAUGGUGUAG